CAGGCCGAGGCGGGGCAACCCACGCCAGCCUCCCGGGUACGGGCGCUCCUCGCCUCAGAGAUUGCGCUCGCCUUCGUGGGCCCCGAGAUCGGCUCUGCAAUGACUGCCACCUCCGUGGAACAGCUGCGGAAGGAGGGCAACGAGCUGUUCAAAUGCGGGGACUAUGAGGGCGCCCUGUCGGCCUACACCCAGGCCCUGGAGCUGGGCGCGCCGUCGCCGGACCAGGCCGUGCUGCACCGGAACCGGGCCGCCUGCCACCUCAAGCUGGAAGAUUACUACAAAGCAGAAACGGAAGCAUCUAAAGCCAUUGAAAAGGACGGAGGGGAUGUCAAAGCACUUUACCGGAGAAGCCAAGCCCUGGAGAAGCUGGGCCGCCUGGACCAGGCUGUCCUCGACCUGCAGAGAUGUGUGAGCCUAGAGCCCAAGAACAAAGUUUUCCAGGAGGCCCUGCGGAGCAUCGGGGGUCAGAUUCAGGAGAAGGUGCGGUACAUGUCCUCCACUGACGCCAAGGUGGAACAGAUGUUCCAGAUCCUGCUGGACCCAGAAGAGAAAGGCACUGAGAAGAAGCAGAAGGCUUCUCAGAACCUGGUGGUGCUGGCCCGGGAGGACGCAGGGGCUGAGAAGAUCUUCCGGAACAAUGGGGUUCAGCUCCUGCAGCGCCUUCUGGACACAGGGGAGCCCGACCUCAUGCUGGCAGCCCUGCGCACGCUGGUCGGCAUUUGUUCCGAGCACCAAUCACGGACUGUGGCGACGCUGAGCGUGCUGGGAACUCGGCGCGUGGUCUCCAUCCUGGGUGUGGAGAACCAGGCGGUGUCGCUGGCCGCCUGCCACCUGCUGCAGGUUAUGUUCGAUGCCCUGAAGGAGGGCGUCAGGAAAGGCUUCCGAGGCAAAGAAGGAGCCAUCAUCGUGGAUCCUGCGCGGGAGCUGAAGGUCCUCAUCAGCAACCUCCUGGAUCUCCUGACGGAAGCGGGGGUCUCUGGCCAAGGCCGGGACAAUGCCCUGACCCUCCUGAUUAAAGCGGUGCCUCGCAAGUCUCCGAAGGACCCCGACAACAGCCUCACGCUCUGGGUCAUUGACCAGGGCCUGAAGAAGAUUCUGGAGGUGGGGGGUUCCGUGCAGGACCCUUCUGGGGAGCUCUCCAUGUCGGGGAACAGCCGCAUGAGCGCCUCCAUCCUCCUCAGCAAGCUCUUUGAUGACCUGAAGUGUGAUGCGGAGCGGGAGAAUUUCCACCGGCUCUGUGAGAACUACAUCCGGAGCUGGUUCGAGGGCCAGGAGCUGGCCGGGAAGCUGCGGGCCAUCCAGACGGUGUCGUGCCUCCUGCAGGGCCCAUGUGACGCCGGCAACAGGGCCCUGGAGCUGAGCGGUGUCAUGGAGAGCGUGAUCGCGCUCUGCGCCUCCACGCGCGAGGACGAGCAGCUGGUGGCGGUGGAGGCUCUGAUCCAUGCUGCGGGCAAGGCCAAGCGGGCCUCGUUCAUCACGGCCAACGGCGUCUCGCUGCUGAAGGACCUGUACAAGCGCAGCGAGCGCGACAGCAUCCGCAUCCGGGCGCUGGUGGGGCUGUGUAAGCUUGGCUCGGCUGGAGGGACCGACUUCAGCAUGAAGCAGUUUGCCGAAGGAUCCACUCUCAAACUGGCCAAGCAGUGUCGGAAAUGGCUGUGCAAUGACCAGAUGGACGCGGGCACGCGGCGCUGGGCGGCGGAGGGCCUGGCGUACCUCACCUUCGACGCCGACGUGAAGGAAGAGCUGGUGGAGGACACGGUGGCUCUGAAGGCCCUGUUCCAGCUCAGCAAGUCGGAGGAGAGGUCGGUGCUCUUUGCUGUGGCCUCGGCUCUUGUCAACUGCACCAACAGCUACGACUACGAGGAGCCGGAUCCCAAGAUGGUGGAGCUGGCCAAGUACGCCAAGCAGCCUGUGCCUGAGCAGCACCCCAAGGACAAGCCCAGCUUCAUUCGUGCUCGGGUGAAGAAGCUGCUGGCGGCAGGCGUGGUGUCCGCCAUGACGUGCAUGGUGAAGGCGGAGAGCCCGGUGCUCACCAGCUCCUGCAGGGAGCUGCUCUCCAGGGUCUUCCUGGCUUUGGUGGAGGAUGCAGAGGACCGAGGCACUGUGGUGGCCCAGGGUGGGGGCAAGGCUCUGCUCCCGCUGGCCCUGGAAGGCACCGAUGUGGGGCAGACCAAGGCAGCCCAGGCGCUGGCCAAGCUCACCAUCACCUCCAACCCCGAGAUGACCUUCCCUGGCGAGCGCAUCUAUGAGGUUGUCCGGCCCCUGGUCUCCCUGCUGCACCUCAACUGCUCAGGACUGCAGAACUUCGAGGCCCUCAUGGCUCUCACAAACCUGGCGGGGAUCAGCGAGAGGCUCCGACAGAAGAUCCUGAAGGAGAAGGCUGUGCCCAUGAUCGAGGGCUACAUGUUUGAGGAGCACGAGAUGAUCCGGCGGGCGGCCACCGAGUGCAUGUGUAACUUGGCCAUGAGCAAGGAGGUGCAGGACCUCUUUGAAGCUGAGGGCAAUGACCGACUGAAGCUGCUGGUGCUGUACAGCGGGGAGGAGGAUGAGCUGCUGCGCCGGGCGGCUGCGGGGGGCCUGGCCAUGCUCACCUCCAUGCGGCCUGCACUCUGCAGCCGGGUUCCGCAAGUGACCACACACUGGCUGGAGAUCCUGCAGGCCUUGCUUUUGAGCCCCAACCGGGAGCUGCAGCACCGGGGCGCUGUGGUGGUGCUGAACAUGGUGGAGGCCUCCAGGGAGAUAGCCAGCACCCUGAUGGAGAGUGAGGUGCUGGAGAUCCUGUCUGUGCUGGCCAAGGGUGAGCGCAGCCCCAUCACCAGGGCUGCUGCAGCCUCCCUGGGGAAGGCCAUGGAGUAUGGACUUAUCCAGCCCAGCCGCGAUGGGGAGUGAGGGCCCCAGGCCCUGCUGC